AUGCGCCUCAAGUUGUCCAGCUUCUGCGCUAAAAACAACAUAUGUAGCAAGAAAGAAGCCAAGAAACUAAUUCAACUGGGUCACCUGAGGCUCCAAGGCGCCGUGGUACGCGAGGACACGCUAGUGAAGGAAUCACUCUCACCCGCUUGCGUGUCGCUGCCUCAAAGGGUGCAAUCGAUCGCAUCGAACAAGGUCACCGUGCUCUUGCACAAGCCGGAAUGCUAUCUUUCGACGUACAGCCGCAGGACGCAGCUAUGGUCGAAGUCACUGCUCGUGCCUGAAAACAGGUGCGAAAGCGACGUACAAAACAACCUCAAUCCAUCGCAACUUCGCCGGCUGCUGCCCAUAAACCCGCUGGAGUACUCGACCAGUGGCCUGGCACUCUUCUCCGAGGACUCAUCACUUAUCAAGCGCUUCGCCGAUUGCGAGGAGUGCUACCACGUGGUGUUUCGAGACCCGUUUACCGAACCGAAGCUCUUCGCGCUCACCAGCGAAAUCUACAUAGACGGAGUGCCUAUUCCUCAGCUGAAAGUGGACCGCGUGAGCGACUUCUCGGCCCGUGUAACCACGCAAAGCGCGUCCAGCAAGCUGCGCAAGGCGUGCCGCUUAGCGGGGUUGGAAAUACGCUCAAUCAAGCGCAUUCGGUUGGGCAACAUCCACCUGGGGGAUCUUCUGUGCGGCAGGUGGAUGAUGCUGCGCAAAUACCAACUGACUUGA